CCACCUUAGAAACCACGUACAAACGACCUCAAAAGAUUGUUUAGAUACCAAACCCAAUGGCUAUAUUUGAUUACAUUGAGAUAUUGAUGCUAUUGCUUUACUUUCUCUCUCUCUUCCAUUGGAGUUGGAAGAGGAUAUCACCCAUUACAAACUGGCCUAUUGUUGGAAUGUUGCCUGGGCUUCUUUGCAAGGCACCACAUAUCCAUGAGUAUGCAACCCAAGUUCUGAAACAAAGUGGUGGGACAUUCAAGUUCAAAGGACCAUGGUUUGCAAACAUGGACUUUUUGGCCACUUGUGAUCCCAUGAAUGUGCGCUACAUAUCAAGCAAAAACUUCGCCAACUAUCGAAAGGGUCCAGAGUUUAAAAAGGUUUUUGAACCUUUCGGUGAUGGGGUUCUCACUUCUGAUUCAGAUUCAUGGAAAUCUUUCAGGAAAUUGAUUCAUUCGCUGAUUAAACACAGAAAGUUCCAGCUAUUUCAAGAGAGAUCUAUGCGGCAAAAAGUAUCACAAGGCCUUUUCGCUGUUCUUGAUCAUGCAUCAAGACUAGGAACUGAGAUGGACUUGCAAGAUGUUUUUCAGAGGUUUACCUUUGAUAAUACAUGCUUGCUGGUUCUAGGCUUUGAUCCAAACUGCCUUUCUGUUGACUUACCAGAAGUGGCAAGUAGAAGAGCAUUCGACAAAGUAGAGGAGGCUGUGUUUUACCGGCAUAUGGUUCCGGAAUUCAUUUGGAGGAUACAGAAAUGGCUGAAUAUAGGAGAAGAGAAAAAGCUACGCGGAGCCAUGGAGACCUUAGAUUGCUUCUUGUACCAGUGCAUAUCAUUGAAGCAAGAAGAAUUUCGCAGGCGCAGAGACCAAAUGGAACAAGUUGAGGAGAAGGAUGAGGAUUUUGACCUAUUAACAGCUUGCAUGGCAGAAAAACUAGAAGAAGAAGAAGAAGAAGAAGAAAAGGAAAUUGAAGGAAACUUACACAUGGAUGCUUACAAAAAAUCUGAGAGAUAUCUAAGAGACAUUGCUUUCAAUUUCACUGCAGCUGGGAAAGACACUGUGAAUGCAGCUCUCACAUGGCUUUUCUGGCUAAUUAUCACACACCCUUUGGUUGAAAAAAAGAUUCUAGAAGAGAUCAAAGAGAAUUUGCAGGCCAAAGAAGAUGGAGAUUGGAGGUUUUUCAAUGUAGAAGAGCUAGGUAAACUAGUUUAUCUCCAUGCAGCCAUUUGUGAGACCCUUCGGUUAUACCCAUCAGUACCUUUCAAUCAAAGAGUCUCUAUUCAACCAGACACUCUUCCAAGUGGCAUCCGUAUUGAUGCAAAUACAAAGGUAAUGGUUGCUGCAUUCUUUACUCUGUAUUCAAUGGGAAGUAUGGAAGAGGUAUGGGGUGAUGAUUGCUUGGAGUUCAGGCCUGAGAGAUGGAUCAACGAGCAAGGAGGAAUCAUUCACGUACCAUCUUACAAGUUUAUCGCGUUUAAUACAGGACCUAGGAGUUGCCUGGGUCAAGACUUAACUUUCUUUCAAAUGAAGACAAUUGCAACCGAGAUACUUUGGAAUUAUCGUAUUCAAAUGGUUGAAGGUCAUCCUAUUUCUCCAUGUCUUUCCGUUAUGCUGCAUAUGAAACAUGGUUUGAAGGUUAGGGUCUCGAAGAGAAGUGAUGUUUGAGGACGAGUACUUUGUUUUUUUUAGGACGAGUACUUAGUGGUGGAGAUUGUAAUAAUAAUGACAAUAAAGCAUGCAUGGC